AUGGGGAGGAAGAAGCGCCACAAUACAUGGGGGGGACACCACAACGGCAGCGUGGAAGGCACCAGCGGCGACAUCAGCGCUACUGCCUGCAGCCAUACACAAAGUGGCGACUCCAGCCCACAGAACCAUGCCAGGGCUGCGGAGGCCACUACGGCUAGUGCCAGAGUGGUAGAGAAUGCUGGGAGCAUGCCACGUACCAUCAGCAAGAGCAGCAGGAAACGUGGCUCCUGCGGUGACACAGAUAGCGACGACGAGAUUAACAUCAACAACAGUAGCCGCAGAAGCAGCCGAAGCACAAAUGGCAUCAGUGCCAUCUUUCUGAGUGAUACGCUGAUUCGCGAAUUGGUAUUCGAGGACUUUUCCCGUGCCUCUCCAUGGGAGAUGUUGCAGCACGAGCUCUCGGUCACUAUUGGCCGUUUCCCCAUUGUUGCUGCUCGCCGGCGUUACCUACGUCAAGUCGCAGUUGCAAAUGCACAAUCAAUGGUGCCAGAAUCUGGUGUUCCACAUACUGGCGCAGGCAUGCACAUACCUGAAGAGAGCCAUAGCAGCUGGCACGCCUGCGCAGUACCGCCUCUGCAGAUUUCCUGCCAGUGCCUGUCACCGAAACAACAGCAAGAACAGCGACGCUGUGCGAUAUCUCUGCAGCAGUUCGCCCCUCUAGUGCUUCAGACUGUUCUUUGCACUGCACAGCAUCUUAAGCAUGCUCUAGACCUCUCCCAAACAGAACAGGGGCAAUUGUUGAGAGUCACAUAUACGUGCGCUGCGCCUUUUCCGGAGCUCUGCUGCACUUGCAUUGACAAGAAUAGCAGCGAUGCUGCUCUACACUCAACUCUAGAGGAACAGCGGUUUGCAGAGGACCAUGGCAUCUCGAGGUCCGCGGUAGCCAGCAACUUAUACGACAGCAGCGGCGAUGAAGAGCUGCGCUGCGGCACUUGCGCCGCGUGUAUUCUUCGAUGGGAACAACUCUUCCCCAGCCGCGCAUCAUUUGUGCAGCGCAACUUUGGUGUUUCGGAGUUCUUGCUGGUCGAAGCUAUACGCCAACCUAUUGGCACAGCAACAGACGGGAAGCAUGAUACAGCAGUAGCACCAGGAGCGUCUACUGGCUCACUGCGCGUUCCAAAGCACGCAGCGAGGGCGGCCCUUGCAGCCCUUGGACUGGCGUCACGCGCAGUGCAGUACUGCCCAUACGACUGCACAGAAGAUCAACUGGAUCAAAUCCAGCUGCAUCAGACUCUAAAACGGCUGCCCAUGUUCUUCCUGCACUUACCGCUACACGAGGAUUGCAUCGGCUCUCAGGUUUUGCAGUCCCAGAGGAACAGAAAUCCAGCUCACGCAGUGAAUUCAACAACAGCGCUGCCCGUUGUCGUGACAGGCAAGACAGAACAGAGUGAAGAAGAAGCACCCAGCGACGCCACCGAAACAGGACCACUUUUCAUCAGGGAGUAUGAGUCUCGUUCUCUCAAUUCUACAUUUGCCUUUUGCGACGCGACAAGUAAGUUUACUGAGGCAAGUGCAGUCUUGCGACUGUGCGUACCCAGCCAAAACUCCAGCUUCUUCUUCCAGUAUUUGCUUUCUGCAGAAUUCCUUCAUUUGCUUCUGCCUCAACUGGGCGCUAAGAUGAGUUCGAAUAUGCAAAAUCAAGAGAGGCACCACAUAUUAUCCUUGCUACAGCGAUUGGCGGUCGCAGCACAAUACACGUACUAUCUCCCUAGCCCUUGGCAUCAUACGUGGCCCGCUGAUUACGAAGACACGCAUACAACAGCAGCUCUUCAACUCGUCCCCGAAGACUGGUGGUUGGAGCAGUCACAAAGCACUUGCGGUAAAGGUAAUGACGGCAGCAGCGACUGUGCCGGGAUCAACAGAAGCAUUAUAAGCGGAUGGCAUGAAGUCGCUGCAGGCGCUGCAGCUCCGCUUGCUGGCUUGGACAGCAGUGUUGCGCUUUCAGCAGACACCCUGCUGCAGCUGCUUCUAUUGCAGGUGUGUCCCCUACAGGAUCUACACGUAAUCUGGUGUUCUCCAUUCCGGCCCCUACGGGACUUCUGGUGCAGCAGCCACAGAAGAACUAGGCCGCUUGCUGCCGCAUUUGACUGCCGGCUGAGGCUGACCCUGCAUCAAUCAGUAUUCGGAGCUUAUGAGAACUUUCUGGAGCGCCACAACCAAAAAGUAACGGCGGAGCAGCGGCUGUACUCCCUGUGCUUCCUGCAAAGUGACGAAUGGCGGCAGUGCUGCGGCAUUACGAGUCGAAUUCACCAGCUGAGCGUUCUGCUGAUCGCCUGUAGCAACAACAACAGCAAUAGCAAGGCUAUCAACCAGGACCCCUUUGUAUCACUAAGCCCAGAUAUCAUUCAAGAUAUCGAGCGCAGUAGAAGCCGGCACAGGCAGCGCUUCAGCAUGCGCUCUGUUGGGGAUAAAGCUGCAAGCAAGCGCAGCAGAAGAAAUGCCGGCCCCAACGACAGCAGCGUAUGCAGCGGCAGCAAUGACACGAGCGAUGAUAGUACUACACAAGAAACGAGAGCAGCGGCUAUUGAGGCAAAAGUGCAACAGCUGUUCAGACCUAUGACGCGACAGCAGCAGCUGCUAAUACAUGAACAGCAGGCCAAGCGACUACUUUUGACUGGUAGCAACAAAUGCCUUCAAUGCAGUUGCUGCAGCAGUGCCUGCAGUUGCUGUGGGCUCGACUUGGCAUUCGGCCUCCUUUGGGGCAGUAGCAGCGGUAGCAGUUUUUUCGCUGAGCUGGCGCUUUUUGCAGGGGAGCAACAGAGGCUUGACCUGCUGCAGGAGUUCUGGCGGAAAGUUGUAAUGCAACUUCGCUGGAUGUGGGACAGGGGGCUGCUGCUGCCACGUGUGGUUUCCGGCAUAACUGCGGCAGUGGCUACAGCGUGCGCAGCAUCUCCAGCAGAUAUUGUAAAUGAGAGCCAGCCGAGGAGCGCUUUAGCAGCAGGAGGUGGCAUUUCUUGCUGUCCUGAUGGCCCAGCAGCACUGCCGGACUUCUGCUGCUGCUCGUUACAACAGCUAACGCAGCAGCUGAAUUGUGCGGUGCAGCAGCAGCGCUUGCAGUGGCUGUUGCAGGAUAAGCCCGAAGAGCAGCAGCAGCAGCCGUUUGAAUCUCUCCGUUUUGUGCUGCCUCCACCUCCAGGUCUGGCCGACCUCCACGAGCCCAUCAUCCCAAUUCUUCCCCCAAUCACAGAGGCAAGCUUUUCUGUAUAG